CCUCAGUAAAUCGGGGAAAAAAAUGUCAUCUCCGGUUUUCAAAUGAAUUUCUUAUUAGUUAUUAUGGACCUACUCAAGACAUAAAACUAAUGAUGACAUAGGAAAAAAGAGACGGCAAAACAGGCAGCUUUCACGUUUCCUAUUUGACGCAAAGCUAUUUCCGCCACUACUGGAGCUCCGCCGGGGAGGUCGCCUGCAGGUGCGCGUGAACCUGUUCUUCUAAAUGCAGGCGGACACUCUUCGAUCCGGCUACGUCGUCUGUGACCGUACGUCUGUCCUCUUCCAAACAUGGCGGGUUACCUGAGAGCUCUGAGCACCGUGCUGAGGAGCGCGGCCGCUCCGCUGUCGCCGAGCCCCGCGGCGCUUUCACCAUCUGCCGUCUGCAUUAAAAGACAGCAGCAGAGGGACCAUUCAACGAAGCGCAUCAAAGUGGACCAGCCAGUGGUGGAGAUGGACGGAGAUGAGAUGACCCGCAUCAUAUGGGAGUUCAUAAAAGAGAAGCUCAUCCUACCAAAUGUGGAGGUAGAGCUGAAAUAUUUUGACCUGGGUCUGCCGUAUCGCGACCGGACGGACGACCAGGUCACCAUCGACUCGGCUCUGGCUACGAAGAAAUACAGCGUGGCCGUCAAGUGUGCCACAAUCACGCCUGACGAGGCGAGAGUUGAAGAGUUUCAUCUUAAGAAGAUGUGGAAGAGUCCAAAUGGCACCAUCAGGAACAUUUUGGGUGGCACGGUUUUCCGUGAGCCAAUCCUGUGUAAAAACAUUCCCCGCCUCGUUCCUGGCUGGACUCAGCCCAUAACCAUUGGCAGGCAUGCCUUUGGAGAUCAGUACAGGGCAACAGACUUUGUUGUGGACAAUCCUGGGAAGUUCAAAAUGGUGUUCACUCCAGCGGACGGAAGUGACCCCCGGGAGUGGGAGGUCUAUGACUUCCAGGCUGGAGGCUGUGGAAUGGGAAUGUACAACACCGAUGAGUCUAUCAGUGGCUUUGCUCACAGCUGCUUCCAGUACUCCAUCCAGAAGAGAUGGCCUCUGUAUUUGAGCACCAAGAACACCAUCCUCAAGGCCUAUGACGGCCGUUUCAAAGACAUCUUUGAGGACAUAUAUGAAAAGUCGUACAAGCCCGAGUUUGACAAGCUGAAGAUCUGGUACGAGCACCGACUCAUUGACGACAUGGUGGCCCAGGGUUUGAAGUCCAGCGGCGGAUUUGUUUGGGCCUGCAAAAAUUAUGACGGCGACGUGCAGUCAGACAUCCUGGCUCAGGGCUUUGGCUCUCUGGGUCUGAUGACGUCAGUGCUGGUGUGUCCUGAUGGCAAGACUAUAGAGGCAGAAGCUGCUCACGGCACCGUCACCAGGCACUACCGAGAUCACCAAAUAGGCAAACCGACCAGUACCAAUCCCAUCGCUAGCAUCUUUGCCUGGACUAGAGGACUAGAACACAGAGGAAAACUGGAUGGAAACAAAGAUUUAAUAAAGUUCUGUCAGACGUUAGAGAAGGUGUGUGUGGAAACGGUGGAGAGCGGAGUGAUGACCAAAGACCUCGCAGGCUGCAUCCACGGCUUGGCUAAUGUCAAGCUGAACGAACACUACGUCAACACAACUGACUUCCUGGAUGCCAUUAAAAACAACCUGGACAAAGCUCUGGCAAAGUAAACAGAGGAUGUCAUCUGAUUUUGAAGAGUUCUCCAUAUUUUUACCUUUUUGCUGUAUGAAUCUUUGUAUAUGAAUGGAUUGUAUAUUUUUGAUAAAUAAUUGUGCCUUUUAUUUUACUUUCUGCUCAGUGCCCGCACUCUUCCAGCUUUAAAUGCUUUUAUACUGUAUAAAGCAGAUAAGGCUGCACUAGAAAUGAAGGUUAAUGUUAACUAACACUGACUUUGACAGGAAAGUUUCAGGCUUAUUGAACCAGUGGUUGUGUCAGAGCAGAGUGCAAGUCUGAACUAUGUAUGCAGUAUCAACAUCAAUAUAAAAAAAACGUUAAGAACAAAAUGGUGUUGCGUCUCCUUUUUCUCUUAUCCGGAUUAUUGGGGCAAAAGUAUCUCAGACAUGCAUACAGAAAAUUUGACAAGUUGCAGAUGCAGUGUUUCACCAGCAGAUGUCGACAUUACGAAGCUGGUGAACCAUCAGAAGCAGAUUAAUACCAAUGCUAGUAAAGCAGAAUACAUGGGUACCUUAAAUCACUGACUCUUGCCUGUUCUUCAUAUAAUUUGAAUUAGAUGUGGUUCCUUCAAGGCUGUCGCUACAGACUUCCAAAUGUAAGGCCAGCGCACUUCUCAGAUAUGAAACCAACUUUUUUUUUUUCCCAUUUCAGUUCAUUUUAGUCAUUUGGAGCCGACGCGUCUCUAAAAGUUCAAAACAACUGCUGACUCGGAGAUAGGACGGUCCCCUUGUCUUAAAUUAGAUGUCAAAGGAAAUGAAACGCCUGCAUCAAAAAUGAAUAGAAACGAGCAUUUGGACGACCUUCAUUUCCAAAUGUUUAAUUUUCUCCUCCCAGAAUGUUCCCCCAUGGAGGAUCCUGAACUCCAUCCAAUCGUUUACAACCUUUAAGGGCAAUUUUGAGAUAAAUGAUCAAUUGUCUCUUGGAAAAUACUUUCUAAGGAAGGAUAGAGAACGCAAAGCCUCCAUUAAAAAGAUCAAAAGCAACCUGGAAGAGGACAUAAACAGUGAAUGACGGAGAUGGCAAGGCGUAUCACAAAGGUUCAUCAUCCAACCUGUCUAAACAUUGGGGAUAAAAACACUGAAGUUAAAUACCUCACCUGUUCCCAUGUAGUCUGGAAAAAUAUGGAAUUCUAUUUAGGGACUAGAAGAAUAUGAAAAAUAUUUUUAUUAUCACACAUUAUUCCAUGUUCAUUAUUGGAUUGUUGUAUUUAGCCACUGAAAGUCUUUUUUUUUUUUUUUUUUUUUAAUAAAAGAACACCAA